AUGUGGAGAUCCUGGGUCGAUAGAAUAAAUACGAUAAACAAAAGCGCUGAGGAACCAUCCAUAUCAAAGGAAGAGCUCCAGAGACAAGAACAGCAGCAAGCACGUAUACGUGACAUUUGGCAGCGAUGCAAUGAUUUACUCUCCAAUGAACAAGAACGAUCUCAAGGAUUUCUGCUUGAAUUUCUACCCAUUUUGAUUGAAACACACGAACAGUUUGGAAAUGCAUUUGUAUUCGAGUCGAUUCCAGAUGACCGUGAUUUCAUGAGCAACUUGACCAAGGAGCUGAUCAGUGGUAUACGCAAAGUGCCAGAGCACAAGAGUAAAUCAGAAUCUAGCCAAGCAUUGAUGGAUAAUUUAAGGUCAAAAUCACACCUGUACAAUGUUAUACGAGCCAUUCGAGUUGUAUCAUUUGGGCCAAAUGCCAUCUUACUGCUGAUGCUGCAACAGAGAAUACCAUCCGUGAUUAUCAAAUUAUUCAGAUCCUUCAUCGAUUUAGCACCGUCAUACUACCAACAGCCACCACCCGUCGAGGACAUGGUCAGCAUUGAGGAUGUGGGGAAUACGAUGGCCGAUAUUUUGAAACAGUGUGUAAAGAAUGUGUCUGUAUUACACAGACUGAUUACAGAAGACACAUUUUUCAUGAUGAUACGAAUUAUGACAGCUAAGCCCAUCGAGAGUGUGGCUCAAGAUACCAGCGAACCUGCCUAUUUGAUGUGGAAGACAAAGGCGGUGGAUAUACUCACAUCAGUCGACAUGAACGGCGAAGUGUGUCAGUACCUGCAUCAUCGCCGUUGUGUUGAUUUGGUCAUUCGACUAUGGAGGGACUGUAUAGCCAAGGACUAUUUGACAUGCGUGGAUUACCGAGAAAUCAACCUUGGAUUGAGUCUGAUUUACUUUCAACUGGAGAGAUCGGCUAAAAUACAGUUUUAUGGGUUAUUCGAGGAGAUGCUGCAAGGAUACGAACUGUUGUGUAGGAUACUGAAACUGGGUCCAUUCAGUGAUGCUAUAGUGGAUUUAAAGGUGGACAUUGUGAAUAGGCUAGUGGAUUUAAGUUUUGUAGGUAAGCCAAGUCCAAUUCCAUCUCUCUCAGAUGGCCUUCCCUACCAGCAUGCAGACUUUUCGACUCCACAGCCAAGAGGCCACACAGACAAAAUUGUAAAAAAUACACCAGCAUAUCAAUGCCUGCUAGCGUCAUUUCUAUACCCAACGACACCCACCCGACAUGAAAUACCCGCUCCAUUGCGAUUUCAACUGUUCAGUGCCAUGAAGGAUAUUAUCCAGGUCCAUCCAUGCAAUUAUUUUGUUUUAGAGUAUACCAAUUCUGUCCCUCAAUUCAUUGAGAGCAUGGAAAACUAUGAUAUUCAGAUUCAAAACGGGAUCAUGGAGCUACUGAUCUUUAUCAUGGUGGACCUCAAUUUUGUGCCACUCAAGGAGUUGGCUGUAUUAUCCCUCCAUCUUCAGAGCAGCUCAUCUGGAAAAAUGAUUGCUUUGAUCUGUAAAUACCUGACAAAACUUGUCAAAACAUCACCCAAGUUUUAUACUGUCGUUCAAGAGGCUGGCCUUAUCAACAUUAUGAGUUUGAUGCUGUCAGAUGUCACUGAAAAAGUGCAAGCACACGCUACGAAUGACGAGUUCCUGCAACAUGCGCUGCAACACUUUGAUCAGAUCAUUGAUUGUAUCAUCGCCAUGACCUGCACUCCUAGCAAUGUAGUAGCGUUCAGAAAGUUAUACAGGGGCAACUUGUUUGAUUUACUGCAAUAUCCAGAGACCCGUAUUGGCGCAUUGCGAUUAUUCGAAAGCUUGUCCAGUCAUGCGUACGAUGCCAAAUCACCUUCUUCUCUCAGUGAAUCGCCCUCGCCAGGAUCACCAUCGUCACCUGGAUCCGAAGCAGGCAAUGCAUUUAGUAGGGUCAUGGAAGCCAUCCAAUACAUUCCUCGAGACGACCUGGACUUUCGACUGGAAGUGCUCAAAACCAUCAAACGCAUCUUUAAAGCGCACAAAUCCACUCGCGAUAUAUUCAGAAAAGUAGGCGGCUAUGUGAGCCUGGUAUCAAUGAUUGUAGCAUUGGAAGGUGCCUUUGAAGAACCAGAGCGGUUUGAAAACCACCAGAGCUUGGAAACAGUGCAAAACAAGAUUGUUGCUGUGAUUCAGACGAUAUUCUCGGUACUGGCUGAAUCUAUGCAUGAUUACGAUGUCAACAAAAAGUAUUUCCUCACUAAUGUGGGAUAUGGAUCAUUGGAGAAUGCCAUUACAUUGACAGGUGCACUGAAAGAAGGCUGUAUACCUCACCAGAUAUUUGGUAUCCUGUUUGCAUUUGCCAUGGACGAUGAAUCUGUGCAUGAUUUGUUUGUAGAGCCUCCUCCUCCAGCUGGCGCGGAACCUCAAGCAGUGACAUUGGAUCUGCUGAAACGCAUUGAAUUGGUGCUCAAAUCAUCUGGUGCUAGAGUGGUCAACCCUGAAAUCACGCCUACCAUCUUGAACUUGCAGCAGCAACUAUCCAAGAAGGACGCUAAACUUUCUCGCGCUGUACUGUGUGCCAUCUACGCUCUGGCUCAAUCCAGCCGAGGCAAUCAAGUUAAGCUGAACACCAGUGGCCUCAUCUUUGGUUUAUUGCAGCGUGCAUUUCCUCACAACCACCAACAACAAGAACCUGUACAAGACGCUGAACGAGAGAUUAUACUGCAAAUCAUCAAAAAGCUAAUGGCCAUGGGUGUCAGCUAUCAAGAGAUUCUCUACAUGUUCCAGCAAUUCAAUGUUCAUGAAGGCGCUACGCUUGAUACAUCAGGCGGACUGAUGGAUCUCAUUUUGCAAGGUGCUUCUCGCAGUCGAUGGCCUAAUUUCAUUCAGUUUGAUAUGGGUGCCAAUCCAAAUGCUUGCUUGGAACUGCCUCAGCUAGACGACUUUCCUCCCUCUAACCCUGGCUACACCUUGCUCUCCUGGAUUCAUAUUGAACAGCAGGACGAUAUUUCCAAUUUGUCGCUGUUGACUGUGUGGGAUGACACAAACCUCAUCUUUAAAAUCUAUAUUGAUGCUAUUACUAAAAAGCUCAAGGUGUACAGUGCAUCUUCCUCCAAGCAAGAUGUUGUAUUCAAGUCGUUCGAGUUCCAUGCGGGUUUCUGGUAUCAUCUGACGCUUGUGCACCACAAAUCUCGCCUCUCUGUCAAGUCAAGCAGCAUGCAAUUGUAUGUCAAUGGUGUAGCGAUUGAGCAGGUAAGCUGUCCAUACAUCACACAGUCUUCUGUCCCAACAGUACCGCUGAGAGCCGUAAUUGGAUCUUUGGGUGAUGAACAUCUGUUGGAGACAUCACAGCUGGUGUGGGAUCUGGGCCCGACUUACUUAAUGUCAGAAACACUGGAAAAAGAAACCAUCAACCUCUUCUUUAAUCUCGGUGCUCGUUACAAAUCCUUGUUCCAAGACUCGUUGCGUCAAUUCCAGACGUACGAAGCAUCUACCUCCUUGUUUCUGACACUGAGAAGUAUGUCGAAAUCCAAAUCAAAUCAAACUACGCGCAGAGAUUCUGUUCAGACGCAAACAAUGCUGGCAAAUGUUAUGAAGAGCACUCAUUUCCAGAGUAUACCCGAACACAAGAUAUUGUUUGCCUUCUUUGCCAGCAACGCGCUCGCUGAAGGCCAUCGUACUGGGCUGACACUGUCUGGUUUGAGUGAUGCAACUGUGGCUACCAUUGCCAUGGAAAUCGACCACUCUCAUAUGGUAAUCAACUCUGCUAUCCCCAAGCUGGAUACUGCAGUAUACAUGCCGAGAAACAUGGGCUAUUUGGCAGGUGGGCCUACUGUAGCGUAUCCUUUUGGCUUGGAUGAGUCUAUCUGGAAGAUUGGUGGUUGUGCUAUUGCGUUAAAAUUGGUUGAACGUUCUGAGACAUCAGAAACACUGUGCAAGGCGACUGCCAUCUUGUUUGAAAUCAUUCGUUAUUCAUGGCGUAAUUCAGAGGACAUGGAAAAAUGUCAUGGUUACGAGAUUCUAGCCUACUUGUUAAAACAGAAAAGAGAUCUGAUUACCCCUGAAUUGAUCGAAUUACUGCUCGUCUUUAUUGGCAAAAAUCCUCAUUCUCCGGAGGACUCUAUUAUCAACAACCCACUGGCUUACCGUUAUGUUAUCUUGAAUUUUGAAAUCUGGAAAAAGACGGCCAUCUCUGUCCAAAGAGCCCAGCUGGAUCAAUUUAUUCUGUUCCUGAAUACAAGCAAGCUGAGAAACUUCAACUCAAAGCGUCUUCCCAAGAUUCACUUGGUGAAAAAAGUCCUGCUAGCCUUUAGAAUGAAUAUUUAUGCAAAAGAGCUAGUGCCUCACCUGAUUGACGCCCUCAAGGCCAUCAUGCUGAGUAACUGGACAACAGAGAGCAUCCGAGCCGUCGCUACCUUCUUGGCUUCCACUGUAUCCAAAGUACCAUCGUCUUUGAAAGCACCUCGUCGCUUGGGUCGAUCUGACAGCACCCGUUCCACUUCAUCCGUUUCCUCCAUCGAUUCAGAAAUACCUUCAUCAACUACGAUAGAAAUCAUCACAGACGCCAAGAGUCACCACAGCAAUACGACCAAGAGCGUUCAGAUGCGUAAUAUCGUUCUUGAAAUGAUGCAUGAUAUUCUGUGCGAUCAGGCCAAUGGCCCCGACUACAUUAGCAAGUUUGCCACCACCAUCACCAACAAAUGGCCACUGCUCUUCUUUGCACCCAACUUGAACCCUUUUACAGUAGUGUUGACAGCGCGCAUCUUGGCUCGUAUUUGCAUUACACAAGGCCCUGCUUACGUGCAAAAGUUCAGAUCUGCCUCUGAGGGGUUUCUAGUGUUGCGUCAUUUACUGCCUUCCUACUGGCAUCUCACUCAAUUGCAUGAAACGCUCAUGUUGAUGAUGAUUGGCAUCGAUGUAGCCGAAUACCCCAUCUACAGAACGUUUGAUAUCAACCAUUUGAGAACCUGUUUGCACGACAGCAAGGAAGGAAACAAGAUGGCUGUGCCUGAUAUGCUGCCCAUCAUCAUUGCCAUGUGGGAUGAAGCCAGAAAGGCGAUUGACUUACCGGCUACCAAGCUGACCAGUACACCAACCUUGAUGCGACCUCGUACCAGAAGCAACAGUGUCAAUGUCAGACCCAUGGCUGAAAAACAGGCCCUCUCUCCCGCCUCACGCGCUCAAAUAUCUCGUACCAUGGAAGACUUUAUCCAGCUCUUUGAUGAACUGUACGAUAGUCGGUCCGUAUUCAAGGAAGCUUGCAACAAACAAGAGGUUGUGGAUUGUAUCGUUCAGGUGCUGUUUCCAUCUGUGUGUCCUACGCAUCAAAUGACAGCAGACGACGAGCUCAUCUCCAAAGAUGUUGUGCUGACCAACUUUGACCUGGACCAUCUCAACUCUCCCUCAUCUGCUGCUGCAUCGCCUAUUGAUAGCCCCUAUUUCGACCGCUUUGGUAAAUUCACGGAUGAUGAUACAGCGUCUAUCGACAGCAACACAGCAACCUCUGGAAGCAGCAUUAUCAAGCGUGGCGGCACAUCGGCUCUGAUGACCAAGACAUCCCCGCAUGUGUCAAAGAGAGGCAAUGCCUUCAUGACACGAUUGAGAUCUGCUUCGUGGAGUCAAGCCGCUGCCACGCCCACCAACACCAAAGUACUGCAGGACGCCAUGAUGGAUUCCUUGCUUAAUUUUGUAGUGGAUAUUUGCAUCGAGUCCAUCACAGAUCCACAGAGCAAAAAUCUCGGCGCUUUAUUGCUUGUCUUUUCUGCUUUCCCUCCUAGUUCGCAUGAACAGCAACUCUUGUUCGAAAGCUACUUACUGACACACAUCGCACAAAACCUGAAAAGCACGUUUCAAUUGGAAAUGGAACUGAUGUUGGAUCCUCGUGUAUUGGCCAAUCUUGCCAAGUUCUCUCAGAUGGCUGCUGAUGCUGUGAUUCAGGGGCGAUUUAGAGAAGGCGGUACUGAGCAGACAUAUGAUUUGUUGGCUACCUUGUUAGAGAUUUUGCAUAGCGAUGAGUUCAACAGUCGCUAUGGUAUCAAUGAUGCGUCUGUAGUUACCAUCUAUCGUGCUUUCAACCGCAUGAUUCUGGUCAAGAUAUCUGAUCUGGAGCACGGCGAUUUGGACUCUCUCAAGACAGUCGCCUUCCUUGACUACUGCAUCCACCAUCAAAAGAUUAUCCUCAGUGCCAAAAACAGCGACACGGAAUUCAUGAAAUGCUUCUGCUAUCAUCUUUACCGUUAUCUGCUAUCCAACGAUGAUAAGGUGCGAGAUGCCGCUGCCAAUAUGUGGAAAUUACUGGUGCUGCAGAGACCAGAUACCGUCGACGCCAUCUUUAAUAUACGCAUCAAGGGUGUGGAAUUGGAUGAUCUGAUUGAUGGCUUCAAGCAAAUGCUGGAGAUGGAUGUGGAAUCAUUCUACAGAUGGCUGGAUUCGCGCAAGGUGGAGCUCAACAUCUUGUUUACGGAGCACAUUAGUAAAUCUUGGGAGAACACGAUUGUCCAAGAAAACAAGUACAGCAAAGAAACGUUCAAAAAUUACAUUACCAGACGCAUCAACAAGCUGAAAAAGAUGCAGAAGCGAGAAGCCUACGAGCAAGAAGUCAUGAUGGACUACACACAAAAGACCCAAUCCUGGUCUCAAAGCAUCCAAGAGAUAGAAAUGGGCCGCUUCACCAAAGCAUUGCAAGACUUUGAUGGACAUGAAAACUUCAUCUCGAGUGAAUGGACUCGUAUUGCUGCUGAUUUGGUAAGAGAGAGAUCCAUUUGGGGUCCUCGCGUAUCACUUGACUUGAAAUGGAGACUCGACUACACGGAAGGUCCUAAUCGUAUGCGUAAGAGACUUCAGUACAUCUCCAACACGGACUACUCGUCCUAUAUGCCCAAACAAACCACAGCUACACAUAAUGACAGCUCUCCUCAGCCCAUCAAGGCUUCCAUCACUGCUAAACAUGGCAGUGCUCUCAAGUCUGAAGUGCAAAUAGACAAGGAACUCACGGAAGAGCAAUCCUCCAUCAUGAGUAAAGAAGACGAGCCACCCACUGCUGAAAACGACAGCAACUCUAUCAAUGGAAGCGUCAACAAGGAGGAAGGCGAGGAGGAGGAGGAGGAGGAGCAACAAAUCUCGUAUGAAGAAGACAAGAAUCGCAAGGUACUUCGAUUGUUGGAUCAAGGCGACAUGGUGCUCGACGUGUACAAUGUCAGUCAAAUUGCUGGCUUAGAUGCUUGUGAAGGUCUCCUCUUGCUGUGCAAAAACAACAUUUACCUCAUUGACAAUUUCUUCCAGCUCAGUGAUGGUGAAGUCGUCGAAAUUUGGGAUGUCCCUAGAGAAGAGCGCGAUCAGUACCUUCUCUUGGUGGCUCAAGCCGCUGGCAUGGAAACAGAGCCUUUCAUCAGCUCUUCUGGCGAUUUGCAUACAUGCAGGAAAUGGGCUACUGCUGACCUUCGUGAUGUGUUUAAACGUCGCUUCUUGUUUAGAGAUGUAGCGCUUGAAAUCUUCUUUACGGAUGGUCAAAAUGCCUUGAUCACAGUAGCUCUGUCUGAGCGAGAUGAGUUGUACUCCAAGCUGGUGAGUCGUGUCACUGUGCAUGAAGAGUCUGGUGGUACUAUAUUCGGCAGAGAAAAAGACAGCUACACUACAACGGGUCUCAGCAGCACGUUUAGACUGUCCAGCAUAUUUGGUACCUCCACUUUACACGAUCUAACGCAGCGCUGGGAGCGUAAAGAGCUCACCAAUUUCCAAUACUUGAUGUACCUGAACGCCAUUGCAGGUCGAUCUUACAACGACUUGACUCAGUACCCUGUGUUUCCAUGGAUUCUGGCUGACUAUCACAGCGAAGAACUUGAUCUGACUGAUCCAAGGACCUACCGAGAUUUGACGCGUCCCAUGGGUGCCCAAACAGCUGAACGCAGACAAGAGUUUGCUGAGCGAUAUAGACAAUGGGGAGAGACCGACGACCCAACACCUGCUUUUCAUUACGGUACGCACUAUUCGUCUGCUAUGAUUGUGUGCUCCUUCUUGAUUCGCCUCGAGCCCUUUACGCAACAUUACCUCAAGCUACAAGGUGGCACCUUUGAUCACGCUGAUCGACUAUUCGAUUCCAUUGGUAAAGCUUGGGAGUCUGCAUCAGAAAAGAACAUGGGCGAUGUCCGAGAACUGAUUCCCGAGUUCUUUUAUCUGCCUGAAUUCUUGACCAAUGUCAACAAAUUCAACUUUGGUGUCAAGCAAGGCACUGGGGAGGCGAUUGAUUCCAUCGUGUUGCCACCAUGGGCGCAUGGAGAUCCCAAGAUCUUUAUCCAGCGUCAUCGUGAAGCUCUGGAGAGUGAAUAUGUCAGUGCUCAUUUGCAUCACUGGAUUGACUUGAUCUUUGGUUUCAAGCAGCAAGGACAGCAGGCCAUUGAUGCCCUCAAUGUAUUUCAUCACGUUUCGUAUGAAGGUGCUGUUGAUUUGGAUGCCAUUACAGACAUUGUGGAAAAGACAGCUACAAUUGGUAUCAUUAAUAACUUUGGUCAAACGCCACGUCAAUUAUUCAAAAAACCACAUCCAGCAAGAUCACCAACAAUCACUGAUCCCAUGGCAUUGGGUUACUACAUCUUCCAGGAGCAUUUAGACAAGUUGGUCCAAUCACUGAUGCCUCUGCGUGACAUUAAGCAACAAAUUGAAAGCAUUGAUUUAUACAAUGAGAAGCUUGGCGUGACAUCGUGUCAGCAGUUGCUGAUGCCUCCUGAUGGUCUACGAUACAUUGAAUGGGGAUUCUCUGACAACAGUUUGAGAAUGUUCUCUACUGAAACUGGAAAGCCUUUAAAUGUGUUUGAAAACAUGCAUGUUGGCUUCAUUAGUACAGCAUGUUUCCCUGAUUCUCGUACUCUGGUUACAGGUGGUACUGACAAUCUUGUGUGUAUUUGGCAAGUUAAGAAUGAAAAGACAACAACCGACUUUGUUUUGGUUGAAUGUCUCAAGGGCCAUUCUUCUGUUGUCACUACCAUUGCUGCAUCAAGAACGUAUAGUAUUCUCGUCACUGGUUCUGAAGAUAAGACAGCCAUCAUCUGGGAUUUGAAUCGUAAGCAAUAUGUCAAGACGUUAGGUGGGCAUGAAAAUGGCGUUCAAAUUAUCAGAAUCAACGAUAGCACUGGUGAUAUCAUUACCUGCUCUGGUCAUAUCAUUCGUGUAUGGACCGUCAAUGGCGACCUUUAUCUUACAAAAUCAGCCUGUCCUAGCUCAGAGUCUAUCUUGUCCUGUAUCUUUUACGAGCGUAAACUGACUGAAUGGAACAGCAAGGACUUGAUCAUCACAGGCCAUCGAAGAGGUGUCGUCAAGUUCUGGCUAAAACAUGUGGAAAUAGAUGCAAAGACAGGCCAACACAAAUGGUCUCUUGCUUUAAUACAUGAACUGCGUCAUAAGAGUAGAGUAGAUGGAAGCUUGGAUACAUCUGACAUUGUGGCAUUAUCCAUGUCUAGCUCAAGAAAGACAUUGUUUACAGGUAGCAAGCAAGGGCAAGUGUAUGGAUUUGUGCUGCCAGAUACGUCAGACACGUAUCAUGUACAGAGAGAAGAUAAGUGCAGGGAAUGCAUGACAUGCAAAAGAGCGUUUUCUGUGUUAGAACGCAAGAGUCAUUGUAGAGCAUGUGGUGGCAUCUUUUGCUCCAACUGUAUGUCUACUGCUGCAUUGGUCUGUCCCGAUAAAUCAGCAAGAUUCUGCAAGCCUUGUUAUGAUCAACUUUUGACCAGUUGUAACAAAUCAAAAACGGAAGAGGAUGAAGAAUGA